AUGGCCGCCCCGAGCCCGGGGCCCCACGAGGUCCUGGCCCCCUCCCCAGAGGCCGGAUGCAAAGCCAUCACCUCGCGUUCUGGCCGCCGGGGCCUGCUCUGGCGUCUACGAGACAAGCAGCUGCGCCUCGGCCUGUUUGAGAUCAGCCCGGGACAUGAGCUGCACCGGCUGACGUGUAUGAUGCAGGCGGGGCUCUGGGCUGCCACCCAGGUCUCCAUGGACCACCCGCCCAGGGGGCUGCCCACUGAGGACGACUUCUCCGAGGUCCUGACCCAGGUUCACAAGGGCUUCGAGCUGGGCACCCUGGCUGGCCCUGCCUUCGCCUGGCUGCGCCACUCCCUAGGCCUGGCCGAGGAGGACUAUCAGGCCGCCCUGGGGCCCGGGGGCCCCUACCUGCAGUUCCUCAGCACCUCCAAGAGCAACGCCAGCUUCUUCCUGUCCCAUGACCAGCGCUUCUUCCUGAAGACCCAGCGGCGCAGGGAGGUGCGGGAGCUGCUCGCCCACCUGCCCCGCUACCUGCAGCACCUGCAGCGGCACCCGCACUCGCUCCUGGCGCGGUUGCUGGGAGUGCACAGCCUGCGGGUGGCCCGGGGCAAGAAGAAAUACUUCAUCAUCAUGCAGAGCGUCUUCUACCCCGCCGGCCGCAUCGCCGAGAGAUAUGACAUCAAGGGCUGCGAGGUGAGCCGCUGGGUGGAGCCGGCCCCUGAGGGCAGCCCCCUGGUCUUGGUGCUGAAGGACCUCAACUUUCAGGGCAAGACCAUCGACCUGGGGCCCCAGCGGAGCUCUCUCCGGCAGAUGGAGCUGGACACCGCCUUCCUCCGGGACCUCAACCUGCUGGACUACAGCCUCCUGAUGGCCUCCCAGCACCUGCAGGAGGACGAGAGGGGCCCGGGCAGCAGCCUGGUCUUCCGCACAGCCAGGUCUGUGCAAGGGGUACAGAGCCUGGAUGAGCCGGGAGCGCAGAACCUUCGGCUGCUGCCUGAUGGCCCCAACGCCCUUCACAUCUUGGACGGCCCGGAGCAACGCUAUUUCCUGGGCCUUGUGGACCUCGCCACCGUCUACGGGCUCCGCAAGCGACUGGAGUACCUGUGGAAGGCGCUGCGCUACCCCAACCGGGCCUUCUCCACCGUCAGCCCGGCUCUCUACGCCCGUCGCCUCUGCCAGUGGGUGGAGGAGCACACCGAGUGACCGGCGCGGGGCCGCGCUCUCCCCAUCUGGACAAUGGGCACAGGCCCGGAAUGCAUGUGCCAGCUUGAUCGGGCUCCCCCAGCCUGCUGUUCCUCCAGAGGGCCUCCAGAGGGCAGCAUUCUCCAACUAAUAUGACAACCUUAUUUAAUGGUGAUGCUGUGCCUGGCUGGUAUUUUGCCAGGGACUCGCCAUAUUAGCUCAUUUUAUCCUCAAAAAAAAAAAAAAUGCUAUUAUUCUCUUUUCACAGACCAUGAGAUGGAGGCUCAUGGGGUGAAGGGACUGAGCAAGAUCACUCAGCAGUAAAUGCUGGAACCAGGACUCGACUGUGCCUUUUGGACUCAGGAGCCUGUAUUCUUACCAGCUCCCACAGCCCUGUCCUCAUGCUCUCAGAAAGCGGGGAGGCUGAAGGCUCCAGCCCAGGCCCUUUGUCGUACAGAUGGGGAAACCAAGGCCCAGAGAUUUUAAGGGGCGUAUGCACGGGUAAGUGGCAAGGCUAGCUCCGGAACUCCAGGCCUCCCUAUCCCCUGCCCCUGGCUCAAGAAGGGCCCUUUAAGGAUGCAGGUAGGAGAAGGUGGGGUAUUGGGGGGCCUGCAGCUCUGGGAAGCACUAUGUUGAUCUUGAGUAAGCUCUGCCCUCCUCUGAUAGUCACUAUUCUCAUCUGAGAAAUGGGGGUAGGGAUGGUGGGCAGACCAAGGGCCCUUGCCAAACAGACAUCACCAGGAGCAGAGAAGCAAAGUGUCUGCAUAGCCCCUGACCAUUCCUUCUCCCUCCUCCAGGAGACUCCAGCCGGCCUCUGACCUCAGUCCAAUCUGACCAUGCCCAAGCCGGCCUUUCCUCUAGUGCUGCUCUGGGGCCUGACUGUGUGACCAGGGCACGGUGUUAACCUUCUCCGUGCCUCAGCGAUCUAAUCUGUAAGAUGGAAGGAUGAAAAUGGACCUCAUUAACGCAUUAAAUAUUUAUUGAGCA